AUGGACCCGCCACAGCAGCUGGAACAACUACUGGGCGGCUUACAUGAUUGGCGUGAUGUGCAGGGUGUGAUCAAAACGGUCUUCCAGGCACUGUGCGACGUGGCCCAUGCUCAAAGCCAUGCCGUGCGAGAGUUGGAACGCCGCACUGCGGAGAUGCAGGAGGAGCUCAUGGAAAGCCUGCAUCGAAAGGCCGACGUGUCGGAGCUCCGAGACGCGCGCGCGCAAGCGGAAGAGGAGGCUGAUUCUGCGCUGGAGGGGCAGCGCAGGAGCUCUGCCGAAGUGCAGGCCUUGCGUGCGGGCUUGGGGGAGCUUCACGCGGCCAUGGAGAAGCAACGAGCAGAGGUGCAACAGUGGCGGAGUGGUUUCGAGGUGGGGCUGGCUCAGGUAGUCGCCGACUCCUCCUCAGAGGUGAGGCGCCUGGCGGAGCGAGUGGAUGCGCUUCAGGGCGGCCUGGAGGAGAAGGCCAACUCUUCGCAGCUCAAGGAGAUCGUCCGCGAGGCAUGGAGCAAGGAAGAAGGACACCUUGGCCGGUUGCAAAAGCUUUGCGACUCCAAGGAUCCGCUCAAAGACUGA